CAAUUUUUGAAGGGAAUAAGCUCCUUUGCAUUCUCUCUCUCUCUAAAAACUUAUAUUAUUUAAUAUAUUCGGUGGUUUAUAGGCAUCAAAUUGGUGCUUUCAUUGAGAGUAGAGGAACAUACUCGUAGGUUAACUCCCGAAAGCGAGAAUGGUGCAGACAAAGAGCAACGUCCCCACCACCAGCCACGUUGGUGGCGAGGAGAAUGCGCCGGGCAGCGGCAACGGCACGGGUGGUAUCGCUUCGACUCCAGACGCGGUCCAGGCGCGGUUCGGCUUGGGGGUGACUACGGAGCAGCUCCAGGCAGCCGUUGCGGCACUUUCCGACAUGGGUGGGAACGUGCCCAGCACCAGAGCUGGCAAAGCUCUGCUCGGUCACCAUACCGAACACGCUGCCACUUCCCAGCACAAGGGGAAGAAGACUCGGAGGAGUAAGAGGCCCGGUAAGGGCCCGGUGAUCGAGGAGCUUGCGCGCGAGAUUGCCGAGCUCAAGCGCCGAGUGGAGAUGAGGGCCCCCUACAGCCAGCCCAUCUUGCGCACGGUAACCCCGUUCACACCGAGGGUUAUGUCAGUUCCGCUGCUAGCAAACUUCCGGCCGUGGAAGGUCAAGGCUUACAGCGGGACGACGGACCCCCAAGAUCAUUUGUCAAAGUUCUAUGCUUCGAUGGAGGCGGCGGCAGCCCCGGACAAGGUCAAGUGCCGGUGCUUCCUCGCGAUGCUAGAGGGCUCCGCGUGCGAUUGGUUCAACCGGCUCCCGAAGGGAACCAUUGACAACUGGGAUACACUAGCGGAAAAGUUCUUGACGCAUUUCGCGGCCAACAGACGGCAAAGGCUUCCAUACUCGCACCUCCUCAACAUCUGCAUCCGUAGAGGAGAGAAGGUCCGAGAUUUUAUAGUCCGAUGGGAGAUGGAAGCCAGAGACGUGCACGGGUCUGAUGACCAAGCAUUAGUGGCUAUGUUUCAAGCAGCUCUUCCCCGCGUAGAGGUGAGGAAGGAGCUCCGCAAGAAUCCUCCUCCCACGUACCAGGAGACCUUGGCGCGUGCUAAGUUCCUAGCUUCGAAGGAAUUCGACGAUGCUCUAGAUUCUGAGGCCGCGCCCGCCAAGCGAGCUCCCGUGGACUCGGGAGAGAUCGCGAAGAAAAGAAAGAAGAAAAAGGAUUACACCGCAGGUCCCAGGACGCCCUCGGCUGGAGUAUACUCUUUAGGGGCACCCGUGGGGACGGGUCGAGAGCUCGCCCUCUCCCCGCUCCCCCACGUAGAGACCUACACGGUAUCUGGAGGGAGCAAGAAGAUGGAGCAUCCCCGUCAUGGGGAGCACCUGAAGGGAGAACCUGGAGGAAGCGGGCCGAGCCGGUCGCUGUGGCAAACUCAAGCAAGGAACCUCGAGAAGAGGCACAUCGGGCGGGACUGUGAUGGCCUAGACGAGAACGGAGCCCAAGGAUAUCCGGUGGGAUUUAUCCAUGGAGGAAACAUUGGCGGGGACUCCGUCGCUCAAAUGAAGAGGUGGAAGCACAUGGCCUUCAUCGCCAAAGUCCAUCAGGCACCGGCGCCCAAGCUUAGAAGACGAGAGCAGAUCCAAUUCACGGAGAAGGAUCUUCCGAACACGCCGAGCCCCCACCGGGAUGCCUUGGUCAUGAAGAUAGAGAUCAACGAUGCCACAGUGCACCGCACAUUGGUGGACACGGGAAGCUCAUUUAACAUAAUGUAUGAGAAGACCUUCCAAGACCUCGGCCUGAACCGCAAGGACUUAAGGCCCGUGCGCACUCCCCUCUCCGGGUUCACGGGGGACUCCAUCGAGGCCGAAGGAGUCAUCACGGUACCCGUGAUAGUAGGGGAUGGUGCGCACAAGGCCAAGCUGAAUAUGGAGUUCAUGGUUGUAAGCAUCAACUGCGCACACAACAUGAUUCUAGGACGGCCCGGCCUUGAGGACUUGGAAUGUGUGAUCUCCCCGUACUACUUAUGCAUGAAGUUCCCCACUCCUUCAAGAAUCGGGGUGGCGAGGGGAGACAAAAAAUUAGCUCGAUCGUUCUACGUCCGAAUCACGAGGAAGUUGCCAAGGGAUGAGACGUUGGUCGUACACGCGCAGGAGGAAAUGCGGAAGCUGGAAGCAAAGUCGAAGGCCGAACCCGCCGAGGAAGCCGAGGAGGUGCCGCUCGACCCUCAGACACCCGAGCGGAAGGUGAAGGUUGGGGCGAGCUUGACUGGGAGCCAGCGGAAGCGCUUGGUGGACGUGCUCACUGCCUACCGCGUGAUCUUUGCUUGGGGACCCGGGGAUAUGCCGGGGGUGGACCCCAAGAUCAUAUGCCACCGGUUGGCACGGCUAACACCCUACUUCCAAGCUCACCUGGUCCAAGUGCUCUCCCAACAGCCCAUAGGUGCGCUGCUCAGGAGCCCGAACGCGCCCUCUCUCAUGUCCAAGUGGGCGGUGUUCCUUGGAGCCUUCCAGAUCGAGUUCAAGCCAAGGCCAGCGAUCAAGGGCCAAGCAUUAGCUGACUUCGUGGUGGAAUGUACCGCUCGGGAAGAGCCGAGCCCGGAAGAACCUGAAACCGACGACUGGUGGAUAGUUUUUACCGACGGCUCCUCUACCGCCAAAAACUCGGGGGGUGGAGUGGUAGUCAUCGCUCCCGAAGAUUUCAGAGCAUAUUACUCAAUUCGAUUCGGUUUCAAGGCAUCAAAUAAUGAAGCGGAAUAUGAAGCGCUCCUGUGCGGGCUACGCCUAGCAGGCGGGAUGAACGCGACAAAGCUAAGGGUAAAGUGCGAUUCGAAGCUAGUAGUAGGCCAUGUCUCGGGUGAGUUCGAGGCGAAGGAUGAAAGAAUGAAGAAGUAUAGAGAUACAGCCCUAGAAUUACUUAAGAGCUUCACCGCCUAUAGUGUUGAGCAUAUCUCUCGAGCGGAGAACGCCGAGGCGGACAUCUUGUCGAAGCUGAGCUCGGACACGCCCGAACAUCUCAGGCGAAUGGCGAACGUGGAAGAGUUGACCGAACCGAGCAUCCAUGCUUUCCCUGUGGCAAUGAUCUGUGCUCGGCCAAGAGAUUGGAUGGAUGACAUAGUCCCCUUCCUCAAGAAUGGCGCCCUCCCGAUUGAUGCAAUAAAGGCCAAGCUCGUCCGCACUAGGGCACCAGGGUACACUUUGGAGGGCGAAAAUCUAUACAAGCGAGCUUACAACGGUACGCUACUCAGGUGCCUCCGACUGGCCGAAGCGGAACAAGUCAUGAGGGAGGUGCACGCCGGGAUUUGCUCCGCUCACCAGGGAGCGUACGCAGUGUCGAGGAAGAUAACCCUCCAAGGAUAUUUUUGGCCAACAAUCGUUAAGGAUUGCGCGGAGUUCGUGAAAAAGUGUAAGGUUUGCCAAGAGUUCCAGAAGGUACCGGGGAGGCCUUCAACAAACUUUCCCCCCAUCAGCACAGAUAUCUCGUUCGCGCGCCCCCCACUAGCAAGCAUCACCGGAGCUCAAUGCCAGAAGUUUCUCGCAAAGCAAGUCAUCUGCCGCAUCGGCGUCCCCGAGCACAUAAUAAGUGAUAAUGGGACACAAUUCGAGUCGAAGCCCUUCAACGACUUCCUCGGAAGUUGGGGGAUCAAGCACAGCUAUGCGUCGGUCGUGUACCCUCUGACGAACGGGCAGGUCGAGAACGCCAACCGAACGAUAGUCGACGGGCUGAAGCGGAAGUUGGAAGCUUGCGGAGGGGAGUGGGCACAGGAAUUGCCUUACAUCCUGUGGACCUACCGGACCACGCCCAGAAGGGCAACCGGGGAAACCCCCUUCGCCCUCUGCUAUGUAUUCGAGGCGAGGGCACCCGCAGAGAUCUCCAUCGCAACCCACCGGGAGGAGAUCUUCGACCCCGAGCGCAAUGAAGAAGCCUUGGCAACCGAGCUCCACCUCGUGCAUGAGAGGCGGGAAGCGGCCUUCAUACGGGCGGAGAACUACCGAAGGAAGGUGAAGAGCUACCAUGAUAGACGCGUGCGCGCGCGGGGGUUCAUCGAAGGAGACUGGGUAUUGUGCAAGAGAACCGUGAGCCGCCCCUUGGAAGGUGGAAAAUUUGCCAAAAAUUACGAAGGCCCUUAUAUCAUCAAGGAAGUGGUAGGCCCCUCGAUGUUCCGACUGCAGACACCGAGCGGAGGGGACGUGCCCAGGACAUAGAAUGCCGAGAACUUAGUUAAGUUUUAUCAGUAGAACUCUGAUGUACAUGGUCCCCAAAGAGGGAACCCGUAAAAUCUUUUGAUAGAACUCGAUGAAAUGAAGAUUUUUGCGCAUA